AUCACCCGGUGAAUGAAUUUUUGGAUCUGUUCAGUCGCCACAUGCUUCCACAUGCAAUAGAUGAACCCCACAUUGAUGCAGAAUCAGCUCAGACUGAACCCUGUACUUCAGACUCUGUGCAGGAUUCGUCUGAAUAUAUAAUAUUGGAUCCUUUCUUUCCAAACUUUAUAGACUUUGAAGAAGAGGAAGACUGUGAAAAUACUACUGAUGUUACAACUCCUCCAGCUUUGCAGUUCAUCAAUGGAAAGCAACAAGUUACGAGUGCACCUAAGAGCACAAAAGCUGAGGAAGCGAGAAGUGACCAAAUAGAAAGCGUUGCACACUCCAAAAAUGUAACCUUUUCUCAAAUCAAUGAAACAAAUACAUUUAUAAUAUCUGAAACUGAAGCCUCUGGCACUAUGCAACCAAACAAAGCUGGAGAAGUAAUAGGGGCAUUUGAAGUUACACAACCAACAGCAGAUGUUGCAAUGUUAGAACCUGUUUAUAGUGGCGAGUCAGAAGUUGCCACAACAGAGAAAUCAAUAGCUGUUACUUCUUCAUAUGAGCAGUCUCUGCAAAAUAAUAAAGAUACCAUAACAUGGCAUGGAACCGAGGAGAGCUCUACUAAAGAUACAAAAAACUCACUUUUGAUUAUUAGUGAAACUUCUGGAGAUGGCUCCACUGAGUCUGAUUUAUCCAGUUCUAUCUUCUCAGAAAUUGUGACAAUGUCAAGAAAGGAUGAUGAAAAAAAUUCUGGUAUAACUUCUGCUCCUGAUGCAUUUACUGCAGAAAGUUCUGCUGUAACUGCUUCUCCGGAUGCAGUUUUUAAUCCUGCUUCAGUAGGCAUAAGUGUGAAAGACUUUAUUCCGGAAGAGCCAACACCUACUCAAGAAGAUAAUUAUAGAACAACUAUUAAACUUAACGUAAAUUCCCUUGUUGAAAACCUUCUGGAAACAAGUAGUCAUACAGCAAAGCCUGAGAUGACUUUCAUAGUUCUAGAAGGCUCUGGAGAUGUAGAAGAGGACAUCACUAUAACUUCAGUCAUAACAACAGAAACAGCAGUGACAGAAACCCUUUCAAUGCAAGAUACUUCUUUGGGCUCUGGCACAGUAUUGCCAACAGAAACUUCUGCAACUGUUUCAGGAAUCACCUCUGCUUUGCCCAGAGGAAUAAGCACUCUUUUUUCUGCUUUUGAUCGAAGUUCUGAAGUAACUGUUGCCACCAUUUCUGCAUCUGAGUUUAUUACGGAAAAAGUAGUUGCCAGCUCUCUUGUAACUGAAAAGAAUAUUGAAGAUGAAAAAGAAACACAGACCACUGUUUAUUCAGGUCAUGAAAAUUCAGCUACUGUUGCAGAGAGAAAUGUGGAGUUGAAUGAACUUGGGAGCACUACUAGUGAAGUCAGAACUGUAAGUCAAGAGCCUACCCUGCUCAGAAGAACAGUACUGGUAACAGGUACCAUAAGUUCUGAAAUCAAAAGGGUCACUACUGUUCCUCUCUUGAAAGAAAAGAAGCUUUUUAUAAAUGAAGGAUCAGCAGAAGAACCAGCAGACAUAUUUUCAGGGGGUCCCACAAGAAAAGUGGUAAGUACUGACUCCCCAUUUAUUGAUCCAGGUUCUGGAGACAUAGAUGUUAUCAUUGAGUCUGCUACUUUGACUUCAGUUCCAUUAAGGCCUGUCACUGAAACACAAACAGAAAAGCAUGAAGGAAAAAUUUACAGCAUAGAUGGUGCUUCACUGAAGAAUUCAACAGAAUAUGAAGAGCCUGCAAGCACAGAUGAAUCAACAAUAUCAGUUUCAAGUACUGGGUCAGAUGGCUUGACAAAGGAGUCUGGAGUAACAAGUCAGAUGUUCCAGGAUGUGUUCAGUACAGGAAGCCCAGGAGAACAAAACCAGGAAACAGAACCAACUUACACAGCUUCUUCUGAAGUAAAAUCUAGUCCUGGUUCUAGAAAAGAAAUACUAUCUCGUGUUGCAUCAGGAGUUAAAACUGAAGAUUUAGGAACAGGUGAGGUCACAUCAUCUCCAGAAUCUGUGGUUAGUAACAGCCCUCACAUCAUGGUGACACAUGGUACUGGCAGUAUAAAAGCAGUAGCUGAAUCUACAGAAAGCAAAAACGCAAAAAUUAGUUCUCCGACUGUCUCAUUAGGCAAGAUUCUCUUGAUUGAGCAUGGUUCUGGAGAAGAAUUCAAAGGGGACAGCAGCACCACAAAACUAAUGUCUAAUGGACCUACUGAAGAAAUACUUGGAAGUACUUUCUCAUUUAUUGAUCAGAGAUCUGGAGAAGCAGACACGUUCAUUGAAUCGUUUGCAAAAACAGCAGUUUCACCCACUGGGAGACCAGAAACACAAGAGAAGUAUAACAAAAAAGUUGUCAGCACAUCAUCUAUGGAUCAUGCCUUCACUACUGAACCUGUUGAGCUAGUCCUGAGUACUGAACAUGAAGUAACUUCAGUGGGAACUGUAACUGACAUAAGCACGGAAGACAAAACAAUUGAUGAACUGGCAGUGAGAGCCUUUUCUAAGAAGAUUCCUUUGGUAGAAGAUAUACAUUCUGGGGAAGAAAGGACAAGGGAAAUUUCACCAAAAGCUACAGAAUCUUCUGAAGAAUCAACAGACCCAUCCUUUAAAAUUACACAGGCUAACCAUGAACAUCUGGCAUUUUUAAAUGUUCUGACUGUCAAUCCAUAUUCAGAAGAGAAGGAACUAGAAACUGGAUCUGUUAAAAAAAUACUUUUGCCAUUUAAUGAUGUAACUGAGCCUGUAAAGACUGAAAGGAGUUACAUAAGCUCUCCAGUUACAGUUAUAGAGCAAGAGGAGGACUUGAAAGAAGAAAAGCUAACAGAUGAUGAGCUCAUUGGUGAUCCAUUCUUUUCAGGACAAGGAUCAGGAGACAGCCUUGUUGUUAUUCCUUCUGUAGUGCCAUUGGCUAUCAAUGAAAUCAUGAGUACUUCAAGUCCUGAAACGUCUUAUCCUGCAAAUAUGGGACCCAAACUUUCAACUGACAAGACACAAGACUUUGAAAGAGGAAGCACUGAAUCAAACGCUGAAGUUAAUGAAGAAGUUACAAGUGCUGUAACUGAGCUCCUGUCAGAAACAGAAGACCAGUUCCCCAGCUCAGUGACCACCAGUUCCCCAGCUUUAGUAAGAGAGCGUUCUAAGGGCUUCAGCUCUACUGAGGUUAAAGAGACAAUGCAUUAUUUUGUUGCAAUUCAGGAACCUCACAAUAAGGAAAUUAACUAUACAAGAGGAGAAAACGAAAGAGAUAGGACAACAGCUACUUCUAAAGCUGUUUCUCAAAAGGAAUCUUCACAUUUGCUGAGUAAAGAUGGCAUAACUCCUGUUUCCGUAAUACUGAGUAGAACUCCUAAUCUUAAAACACAAGAAUCACUUGUAACAUCAACAACAAAAAUUCCAGGCAAAGUGUUACCUGAAAGCUCUGGAGAAGGAUCUGGCUGGGUUGGUGUUUUGGAUUCAUCUUCUCCUGAUAUGUUUACUCAUUUGUCAAUAUCUGCUGGGUCAAAAGUAGAAGUAAAUGCUUCAUCUAGUGUACCUGGGGAAAUUUAUUCUGAAGUUAUGACAACAGAGGCACUGACAGAUGGAUCACAGACUGUAGUCACAGGAGUACCAUCCCUUUUUACAGAAGAAAAAGAGAUCAUGGCAAGUCCAGCUGCUGUUCAACCAAAGACAGCUACAUCAGAAGAACUAACAAGUGAUACUGGGAUAUAUGAGAAAAUUAUUCCCAUGAUUGAUGAUAAAAGAGGUGUUGUGUUGAAUGUUUCUGUUUAUGGUGAUAUUACACUAAUUGAAGAACGACUUCAAAUCCCGUCGGAAGAAACAACUAUUAUAGACAUGGAUCACUCAAAAUCAAUGCCUGAAGAUAUAAUAAGUGUGCAGACCUUGCCAAAUCCUGUCAUACACUCAACAUAUGGCAGUGAUGAUAACAUGACAGCUGAAGGGGAGAAAUAUGAUUCAACACCUAAAUUUUCCAUAACCAAAGAGAAGACAUUAGGAUCUGGUGAUAGUCUUUCUUUGACUACUUCCAGUCAGCCAAGUAGUGAAUCAGUAACAGGUGGGCGCGGACCAAAAUCAGAUGACAAAGAUUUGGGUUCAGGCAAUGCCAUGAAGUUUGCAACAGAAACUCACAUCACUACCAAACUCUCUGAACUGGGCAUUUUCCUUCCUACAGUGCCAUCACUGACAAGCCCUCGUGUGCCUCAUGAGUCUAAAUAUGUUGUUACUAGCACAACAGAAGACACCUACAAGCUGAAUACUUCAGCAAACAGUGGAGUAAUAGCAGGUCAAAGUGAAACGAUCUCUGUCUCUGGCUUUUCAGGAAUGGGCCAAGAAGAACUGGAUGAUAAGCAGCCUGUGGUUCCUUCUUUUACACCAGUUUUAACUAUUGAUACAGAAAGGGGUUUGACAACUGACAUGCUUGAUGUAAGUAUUGUCACCACACAGCAUUCAUCCCAACUGACAACUGUUUCACCUAGCAAAAAUGAAGAAAAGCAUCCUACAGUAUACACAAACACAAAAUCAGUAUCAGUAGAGUAUGAAGAAACAGAUUCAGUGAGCUUUUAUUCUGUACCUCAAACUCCUAAAUCCUCAGUAACUGUUCAGUUAGUUAAUGGAGUAUCUGACUAUCCUGAGGUAAUAAUUCCAAGCACAUCAUCAUCAAAGGAUUCAGAUCAGUCUGAUCAUUCAUCAGAAGGAACCUUCAAAGAGGUUAGUUCUGAUAUUGCAGCAACAUAUAAACCACCCACUACAGACCUUCUUGACAGAACAGAGUCUUUUCUGCUGGAGUUUUCUCUGAAGCCUAGUUCAGAAAGCACAACUACUGAAAGUACUCCUCACUUUAAUAGACUUGUAACAGACCGAACAGAGGAGCCAGAAACCUCUGUAACUGAUUUGGCUAUUGAGGAAGAAGCUACUGUUUCUGGAGAUUCUCCAUCAAUACAUAUCUUGCCUACUGCUUUUCUGAAUUUUGGAGAAAGAGCGAGCACAGAUAUUCCGAAAGUUAGCACAAUAAAAGUUGAAGCUUCCUCAGAGAGAGUGAACAACCCCCGUCAAGAAGAUGACAGGAGUACUGAGGGAGAGAUACCAUGGCUUUUUUCUACACCUGUUUCAGAUUCACCCAAUAGUAUUGAAACUGAAGUAUUUAAACCUGACCAGGAAGCAGUUACAAUGCUAGCUUCAUCCUCACAACCUUUGGAUAGAAGCACAGAAACACUAUCAGCUUUCUUUGAUCAAGAGGAGAUCACAACAAUUUCUUCUAACAUUGCAACAACUAGCACUGCCCCUGGAAACAGUCUGUAUCAAACUGAGCAGUCAAUGAUAAGCUCUGAGGAACCAAAUACUAUUGAACUUAUAACUUCAUCAUUUUCCCUGCCGGAAGUUACUAAUGGAUCAGAUUUCCAGAUUGGCACCAGUGUGGGUUCAGUUGAAGGCACAGCAGUGCAAAUUCCAGGCCAAGAUCCAUGCAAAAGCAAUCCCUGCCUUAAUGGUGGUACCUGCUAUCCACGUGGUUCAUUUUACAUCUGUACAUGUUUGCCAGGUUUCAACGGUGAGCAGUGUGAAUUAGAUAUCGAUGAAUGCCAGUCUAACCCAUGCCGGAAUGGAGCCACAUGCAUAGAUGGCCUCAAUACCUUUACUUGCCUCUGUCUGCCAAGCUAUAUAGGUGCUCUCUGUGAACAAGACACGGAGACAUGCGAUUAUGGCUGGCACAAGUUCCAAGGACAGUGCUACAAAUACUUUGCCCAUCGGCGUACAUGGGACACGGCUGAAAGGGAAUGCCGUCUCCAAGGAGCACAUUUGACAAGCAUCUUGUCUCAUGAGGAGCAGAUCUUUGUGAACCGUAUUGGGCAUGACUACCAGUGGAUUGGCCUCAAUGACAAGAUGUUCGAGCGUGAUUUCCGCUGGACUGAUGGUAGCCCGCUG